CACACAACAAUAGUGGUUGGAUGUGUUUUGUAUAUUUUCGGUACUUAAAAAAUAUAUUUUUUCGUUGUGAAAAACUACAUUAUUUAUCUAUUAAAUAAAUUGUAUGUUUUUUAAUAUUUUCAUGCUGCCUGGAUUUUGAUUUCUUUUUGUUUUGGAAAUAUUUCUAUGGAUAAAAAAUCUAUACGAAAUGCUACCAUUUUGAAUAAUGGCCAAUUGUGAUUAUAUAGCUGUAGCUCUAAAAGCCGAAGAAGAGGAAAAUAUUUCCCCAAAUAGGACACGUCUUUGUUGCUGUGAAUAUUUGGAUCAGCAUCAACAAAGAAACCACAUUUUGGCCUGCUGCUGUAAUUGUUUGGACUUUGAUUUAGCCUUUACCAGUUUUAUAACGUGUCAACGGGUAAAUACGCAGAAUAAACAAAACAUGCUAUUAACAUUCCAAGAUAGAUUACGUAUACCAUGGCGCGGUGGUGCCAAACGUAUUUCCAUGGAAGCGGUCAUACCAGGUGUGGUAUAUCCCUUGGUUAUUGGUUUGGCUGCUUUAAAUGAGAUAACAUCGUACAUAAUGUUGGGUGCAUGUGUAGUAUUUUUGGCCUAUGCCCAUCAUUUUGUAAAACGCAACCAUGUGAAAACAAAAUUCUUUUGCAUGUGGAUGAUAUGGUCAGUGGCGUAUUUGAUUGUGGGUCUAGAGUUUGCUCUGCCUUUGUUGGAACUAUUGCCAGAGGAAAACUUUAUAUUGGUGUUGAUGGCCUGUAUAACCUUUUAUUUGAUAUGGUUGUCGCGAAAGAAUUCAAUGGCAUGUCAUGAUGUGCCAUCCAGAUCUAACGAAGAUGAUCUAGCUGAUAUUUCAGAAGCUACAGCAGCCGAGGAGGAAGAAGAAGCAGCUGCUCAUACAGCCCUAUUGAUAGAUAAUGAUUCCCCACGCAAAUCCCUACACAAUCGUGGAACUCAUCAGCAUCAAACAAAUAUGUGUCAUAAUUGUCGAAAGUAUGUCUCGGCUCGUACUAUACACUGUCAUGUAUGCAAUGCAUGCAUAAUGUUGCAUAGUCAUCACAGCUACUGGUUGGAUUGUUGCAUCGGCCAAUACAAUCUGUCAUACUAUACGGCUAGCAUAAUUAUGGGCAUAUUAACACUGGCAUUUGGAGUCUACCUAACGCUUACCGCUAUAUGUCACCCCAUGCUAAUUGGUCGCAUUUGGAAUAUACCUAUCACAAUGCCAGACGAUUGCAGUGAAGUAUUUGAUGAGUAUACCCUAGGCUUAUCUUAUGUCUUAUCUAUAUACGCCAUUAUUAUGGUGACUUAUCAAUUAAUUUCUUUGCUCUUUCAAUUAAUCAAAUGUACUCGUGAUCCCGUACACUUUAUAUUUGGAGAUAUGUCUCAGCCAUUUUCAAAAAUCUAUAAAAAAUUUAGUACAUAAAUUGGUGAUUGCGUGAGGCAAUACUUACUAGUCUACAAUGCAAGGUUAUUGAAUGGACUACUUUAACUAGCUACGGUUUUUUGUGUCAUAAAAAGAGUUUUUAAACUACUGAGAAUAAAUUUUAAUACUUUUUGUUCAUAUAUUUAAAUUUUGUAAAUUGUGGUUAUGGAUCAUGUUUGAAAACUGUUUGUUAGAGUCGGUCCUAAAAAAUGUAUUUUUAUGAAUAGUGUUAUUGUGAACUUUCGCUCUAAAUGUUCCGUAGUAUUUAAUGGCUUAAUGAAGUAGUAUUUAUUUAGAUUUAAUAAGUUACUGUUUGAUUUCUGGCUCUAUGCACAACGUUUUUUAUAUAAAUACAAUAAUCCUAAUAGGAUUGAUUUAUUUAUUACAUUAUAAGUAUAAGAAACAAGGAUUUAGUGCUUGUGCUAUUAAGCAGCCCAAUAAAUCAAAGAACUAUAAUAUUUUAAAAAAUCAAUUGGCGAUAUUAAUAUCGUUAUGACUGGAUAUUAUAUUAGCGAAAACGAUAUCAUAAUUGACCAGAAAAACGAUAUAAGAAAUAGUAAAAUUUAGUCGUUUCGAUAUCGUUUGAUUUAUUGGGAGAUAGAUCUAUAUAAUAGAGAAUAUUUUGGGAGAUGUUAAUGGGUAGAAUCGUAUAGCUCAGUUUAAAUCACUUUUUUAAGCGAUUCAAUUAAAAAGUAGUAACAGUUCUUUAUCUUUAUCAGCCACAGAGCAAUUACAAAAAGUAUUUUCUUUUGAUGUUUUUGCAAUUGUAAUCUGUUGUUGGAGAACUGCUAUACCCUUUAAAUUAAAUCACUGAAAAAGAGAUUAUAUUUCAGAGCGGCACAUCUUUAUCAAUGGGCUCAAUUUUUCAUCCACCAAUAAUACAACUGCCUCGUCUGGAGCAAGGCGUAUUUACACAAGAUAAAAAGGCGAAAUUAGCGAAUCCUUUUAUUUUUUAUAUAUGGAGUUUGACAUUCUCAAGAUUAAGAGCUUUAUUUGUGAACGUAAAACUUCUUAUAUAAUAACUUAAAAAUCCGCUAGAAUUUGCAUGAACUCGCUACUGCAUUCACCUUUUAUAAAUUGGAAUUGAUAUGGAGCAAGGACGAAUUUAGCAAGGAGAUAGCAUGGUUGAAUUCAAGUAAAUUCAGCCAAAUUCAUUAGUUUUGUAUAUAUGAAGUUUGACAUACAAGCGUUCGGUCCAUUUUAACGUACAAAAUAUAUAAUUAGUUGGGCUCCCGAUGAAUUCGCACAUGCUAUGUGUGACGUUGUUAAAUUCGCCUUAUACAAUUCGAAUUAAUAUUAAUUAAUGCGUCAUGGCUAGUCCAUGUAUUUAUACACAAUUUUUUGAUUCACUCGAAUUUACCUGAAUUCGCCACAACAUCUACCAUGUAUAAAUUCGCCUUGGUCUGGAGAGUUGGUGAGUUUAUUAAAAUAACUAAAAAAUAAGUUUUUUGGUGAACAAAAUUAGGGAAACUUUUUUAUUAAGUUUGGUUAAUGCAUGUGUGUUGGUCACCUUAGGAGGAAUCUUUUGGUUCAACUAUAUUUUUAACUGAUUACACAACUCUCAAUUUUUUUCAAUAUACUCGUAUCUUAAAAUCACUUUUGUCACAAUUGUAAAAAAUCUACAAAAACAACUAAUACAAUAUUCCAUUUAAUUAACUAUCUGCUUUAAUAUAAAUACAUAGAUAAAUAAUACAUUUCAUAUAUGUAGGUUAAAAAGCAAAAUCGUAACUAACGUAUUCAUGACGAAAAAAAUUAUUGCUUAAUAUCGAGUUAGAAAUUGUUUGUGAAUGGAAAUUUAUCACGACAGUUCAUGAAACAUUUUAAAAUUAAGAGUUUUUGAUUAUAAUCGCAUAUUUCGUCCUUUAAAUUUACAAAUCAAAAUAACACAAGUGAGCGCAGUAUACUUUAAGUUUUAUUUUUUAAGCAUGCAUAACAUAAACAUACAAUUAUAACUAUUUUUUAAUUAGAAUUAUUUUCAAAUUAUAGCCAAGCUAAAUUUAUUUAAUUCAUAAUUAGUGAAUCCAAAGAAUAGCUUCUAUAUUUUAUUGUAUUUAUUAAAAACAAUAAGAAAUAUUAAAUGUAGUUUUUUUGUUUUAAAAUAUAUCCAAACAAAUUAUUAUUAUAAACAAAUUAAGAUUAAAAUUAAUAAAUUCAUAUAUAAUAUCUUUACAAUAAUAAAAAAAACGUAUGUAUGUAUUCGAAAAUUAACUGAAAGUAUUGAAAAUGUAAUGCAAGUAAGAAGCAAACUGCAUCGUUUUUGCAAACGAUUUUGCUUUUGUAAUAUUACUAAUAAAUUGCUGGGUAAAUAAAUAAAUAUUGAAAAUAA